CCUAAUAACAACGGCGGGGAAUUUGAGGCAAAAACUCUUCAGAAAUAUUAGUACCUAGACGUUUGGCAGCGCACUUUGAAAAGCAAAGAAUUUUGUUGCCACUUCAAGAAAGAGUCUUGCAAUAAUGGGCAAGUAAUUAGAAUUUGUAGAAACAACAUCAAAGUGAUGCAUUCUACCGUUUUUAAGAAGCUAUGUUUCUGGUACGUUUCUGGCGACUUUCUAAACUUUCGAAUUCUUGGGCAACUAUGUCAUAAGCCAAGUAAUUUGACACAAGCUGUAUUCAGUAGCUCCGAGCACCUGUUAACUUACAAGUUUAAGCUCGAAUAUCCAGGAAACGAUAGAAUAUUAUUAAGAAGUUCAUAUGAGGCAUUUGUAAAGUAAUACUUCAAAAAUAUGUGCCUAACGCCAGUAUGUCAAGAGGGCUCGGCAGAAUAAAGUAAUGUUCGAAAGUGCUAAACAUGUCCUAUGGUUGCGAAUGUUUGUGCUCGCGUAUAAAAAUAUUUUUUGUCACAAGCCAGCAAAUAAGAGAUCAGCGGCGCCAACAUGGCUGCCACGGUGUUUCUGUGUCUCUGUUUAAACGAUUAGUAGUAAUUUGUACAAGCGACCUUGACCAAUUAUGUGGCCUUCGAACCUUUGCUUGGCUCAGACACUGAGGUUUAUGUACUAUUUCACCAAGUUCAUGACCUUUUGGUGGCCUAGUAAUCGUCAGUUUGUUGGUGUGCUCGAUGGGGAACUCGUUGGCAGCCAUGCUGAAUCAACAAAUUCAUCAUCCCCGAGUAGACUUGUCUACAGCAGCGCCUAUCUCAAGUCAAUAAGCAAGACUCAAAAAAAGCAAGUGCUCCCCAAAGAUCUGUGGCAGGAGCUCAACUCCCUUGGAAUUAGGAAACCAUUUAGAUCGAAACGAAAGCGACGGCCAUUAAAUUCCGGUCACCCUGUGUUGGACUCAACAGGAAUCCCGCCUUUGUCUGAGACAUCUGCGGCGCCCCCUAGUCAAACUGGAGUUGGCAUCGACUACUCGCGAAUUGCACCGGCUAAACCGUCUAUACCCAACAUCAUGAUUUGUAAUCUUCGCUCCUUAGCCCCAAAAGUGGAAGAACUCGAGUGCGUAAUGGAGCAUAACGGCGUUGAUAUUGCCUGCAUUACGGAAACGUGGCUGUCUGAUGAGAUCUCUGAUUCCCAAGUGUCCCUGAAGGAUUUUACACUCUUUCGGAAAGAUCGCCCAUCUCACGCUGGUGGAAUAGCAGCCUAUAUUAGAUCCGUUAUUCCCUGUGUACGGUUGUCGGAGGCUGAACUCUCAGGUGCUGUUUCGGAGACAAUGUGGAUCCACGUCAAACCAUUCCGGCUUCCUAGAUCGGUGUCCACCAUUCUCAUAGGAGUCAUAUAUCACCCUCCUCAUGCAUCUGCGGAGGAUAAUAACAUGUUGUAUUCACAUGUUCAGGAGACUGUUGACCGUUUUUUGCGGUCUCACCCUGAAGCUUUGGUUUGUGUGACUGGUGACUUUAAUCCUACAUCGACCAAAAUUUCACCUGUGCCGUUCAAGAGAUCCGCCGGCCUCACCCAAACUGUGAAUGUCUUAACCCGCGAUACUGGGACACUGGAUUGGUGCCUGACUAACAAUCCUAAAUGCCUCCAAGUUCCCAAACAGCUCCCAAAAAUUGGCCGCAGCGAUCAUUACGGCGUUCUUAUUCAACAAGCCCCGCCAAGUCAAAAGGGUGUCAAAUGCACGAUAACCAAACGAGACACGAGGGACAGCGCCCUGCGGGGGUUUGGAAGUUGGAUUACGUCAUUUUCUUGGGAUGAGGUAUAUUGUCUUGACAAUUGCAAGGAAAAGUUCGAACUUUUCUAUCAGAUCCUGUCAGAUGCGAUAAGCCAAUUCCUGCCACUCAAGACGUUCCGCGUCCAUUCCACGGACAAGCCUUGGAUUUCGACAAAAACGAAAUCCUUUGUCGUCCGAAGACAGCAUGCCCUUGUGCGGUAUGGAAAGGACUCUCCAGCAUUCAAAAUGUGGAGGAAUAAAGUUCAAAAGGCUAUUUCAUCUGCCAAAAAGUCCUUCUACAAUAGCAAGGUCAAAAAUCUUAAGGAGUCCAGUGUAGGGAAGUGGUGGAAGGAGAUAAAGAAUCUUUCUGGAGUUUCUGAUGAUUCUGGGCAGUGGUACCUCCAACUGGUUGAUGGUCUGAUUAUUGACUCCGUUGACUCCCUGUGUGACAAGAUCAAUGACUUUUUUACCUGCUCGCAACGCCAUGGGAAGCAGAAUUAGCGCUCCGCGGGAUCAAAGUAAAAAAAGCCCCUGGCCCGGACGGUCUCCCGAACAUAAUCUUAAAG